GACUAACAAGCACUGAGUUAGGACAAGUGGUGUUCCGGGGAUAACAAUUCUCUACGUCUCUUUGUCUCCGUUUACCCAUCCUUAAACACACCGCCGCCUAGGUCACAGACAAAAACGCUGCCUCUCUUAAUUUCUUCGUCAUCUCCCAAGUCCAUUCCCUGCGAAUUAAGCGUUAAAGCACGCGACUAAGCCAAGAACAAUGCUUACCUGUUCCUCGUCCUCGUCGCUACCCCCCAUUUUCCUCCCAUUCAGAGGACAUAGUAUACAGCUUUCCACAGCUCGUGGCAGAGCCUCUCUCAUCUCUUCCUAUUUACCCCACCUACGCUGUGAAAUCUUCAGCAUUUCCUGGUAGCUAGCAAUCAAGUUACAAUCACUCUAACUACGGCUCCCAUCACCAAGAAAUUAAGCUGUAGCGGUACGUGCAGAGAUAGACGACGACAAUGGCGCCGAUGCCGAUGCCGCCGCCCUCCGGAGCGAUGCCGCCUAUGGACAACAACAUGCCGACGAUGCACGCGGCCUUCUUCUGGGGCCACCGCGCGCAGGUGCUCUUCUCCAACUGGCCGGGCGACCACCGCGCCGGCGCCGGCAUGUACGUGCUCUGCCUCCUCGCCGUGGCCGCGCUGGCCGCGCUCGCCGAGGUGCUCGCGGCGUGGUCCCGCGCCCUCGCCGGGGCCGGCCGUGGCUCCGGCUCAUCCGACGACGCGCCGUGGUGGGCGACGCUGCAGGUGGCGUGGAUCCACGUGCUCAAGGUGGGCCUGUCGUACCUGGUGAUGCUGGCCGUCAUGUCCUUCAACGGUGGGGUGUUCCUCGCCGUCGUCGCCGGCCACGCCGCCGGGUUCCUGAUCGCCCGGAGAUGGAGGCUGCUACGCCCUGCGGUCCGUGACGACGACGACGGCGGCGGCGCGCAUACCAACGGUGAUCUCUGCGUUAGUUAAUUGGAGAAAGAGUAUGAGAAACAGAAUGUUGCAUGCGCUUGUCAUUUGCCGAUCGAGGAAAUUGAAUGCUUUUCAGCUUU